GGGCGUUGGAAACCGCUAGGCCUGCCGCGCUAGGCCUGCCGUGGCGUCUUCCAGCCUGGAAGAUCGUUCCUCGAUCUCAGUACCUUUCAGGGGUGGAAUGACACGGGGGUGUGAACGGCACAGAACAUCAUGCAGGACCCAAAUGAAGACACAGAAUGGAAUGAAAUUUUAAGAGAUUUUGGCAUUCUUCCUCCAAAAGAAGAACCAAAAGAUGAAACUGAAGAAAUGGUCUUACGUUUACAGAAAGAAGCAAUGGUUAAACCAUAUGAAAAGAUGACUUUAGCACAGCUGGAAGAAGCUGAAGAUGAAUUUGAUGAGGAUGAUAUAAAAGCUAUUGAAACAUACAGAGAAAAGAGAUUACAGGAAUGGAAAGCACUUAAGAAAAAACAAAAAUUUGGAGAAUUGAGAGAAAUUUCUGGAAAUCAGUAUGUGAAUGAAGUCACAAAUGCAGAAAAAGAUGUGUGGGUUAUAAUUCAUCUGUAUAGAUCAAGCAUCCCAAUGUGUCUAUUGGUUAACCAGCAUCUUAGUCUCCUAGCAAGAAAGUUUCCAGCAACUAAAUUUGUUAAAGCCAUUGUGGACAGCUGUAUUCAACACUACCACGAUAACUGUUUACCAACAAUUUUUAUUUACAAGAAUGCCCAAAUAGAAGGCAAAUUCAUUGGAAUUACAGAAUGUGGAGGGAUAAAUCUCAAGCUGGAAGAACUUGAACAGAAACUAGCAGAAGUUGGAGCAAUACAGACUAAUUUGGAAGAAAACCCCAACACAAGCAUUGAAGAUAUGAUGGUAUCUUCAAUUAGAAACACUUCUAUUUAUAAUGACAGUGAUAGUUCCAACAGUGAUAAUGAUAACAAGUAGAAAUAUUCAAUAAAUAUCUUU